AUGACGUUCGCGCGUACGGGUGGUGCCAUUGCUUCGCCCAACCCGUAUGCCCCGCUCGAGUCGGCAACAGAUCGAAGCGCGUCCCUCGCCGGUGUGUACUCAACGAUUCCAAACCAUUUUCAUCCCGUUCUCCACAUAGGCCAGCGCCAUGCCAAACUUCGUUGGGUUGCCGCGAUCGUGGCAGUAUGUGGGCUUGUCUGUGUCGCCGUUGGGGUACUCGCCGUGGUGCUCUUGCAACCGGCGAACAACGGCCACAAAGAUAUUGUCAACAACCUCCAAUCGACCCCUGGUCUCAAGGUCACGCUGCAUUUCAAGCGAGCUAGUUUGCAACCGUACGGCCAUGAUCAUGCCACGAUUUUUGUCGCACCCCGGCAACCUCUUCGAGCCCGAGUUGGUGUGACCCGCUUUCUUUUUGACGCGAUCAUGACGAUCGAGGCGUCGCCAACCCAAUCGGACGUGUAUACGUUGGUCGACACCAAGGGGUACUAUUCCCAGGUCGUCAACGGGACCACCACCGCCGUGCAUUGCAUCGAUCCGUCGCAGCUGCCGUCGAUCUCCCAGAUGGAAUCGAGCUUGGAACAGUCCCGGAUCGUAGAUGCCGUGGCGGGAACUGCUGACAUGAGUGAAAAAUGCACCGGGGGGACUCUACUGUCGCUGACGUUUGCGGGGGAAGCGUUUGUGUUUUGCAACUCUGCAGGCAACCACCUCCAGCAUGCGGUCGGCCAAGACUUGAAUAUUUCGAUCGAAUACCUCUCGGACCCGUCGCAGCUUCCAGAUAUUCAAGUUCCAACCCCGCCAAAUGCAGCCGCGCUGGAUUGCGCACCGACGUCGCUCGCGAUGCCGACCGACGACGCGGCAAACACCCCCCGCUCGCCCUUGCUUCGAGCGAUGGAACUUGUCUUUGGAGACGACCGGGUUGUGACGAUGAGCAAACCGUCCUGUGAAUGCAAAGGCCCGAAGAAACCGUGUUUGUUUGUCCAUGGCCUCGGCGAAUCCAACGCGGGACCUGCGACGGUCUCGUUCCCCUCGUACUGGGGUGACGUGUCGUCCCCAUGCUGUUUGAGCACAACCUUUGUCCACUUUGACACGACCACCCAAGGCUGGAACGACCUUUCUCUCCAGAAGCAGUUCUGCAAUGCCGCUGCAGCUGCUAGCAAGACCGCACUGCCAAACGCAAUUGGAAGCCUCAUCUUGGUGACCCAUUCCAUGGGCAACAUGCUUGCGUCGGGGGCACUUGCAUCCAAAGUGUGUUCGUUCUCCACGAGCGUGACGUGGGUGUCCCUGGCGUCUCCCCAACAGGGUAGCCAGGCCGCGAAUCUCUUGCAACAGAAAUGCGCAGGCGGGGGUUGGACCAGCUGGAUGCUUGCGCCGCUCACGUGGAUCGGGUACUGCCCCCCGGCUCGUGCCUAUUAUUCCGUUCAGCACGAGUCUACAGUGAACGCCGACAAGCAAGCCGAGUUCGCUGCCGCGCAGCGCGCGAGACAGCAAUUUGCGACUCACGUUGCGUGUGGAGUCAGCGGCUGGGGGCUCCAUUCAAACUACUCGGUGCCACUCGCCAUCGUGGAUGAAUGGGCUAACCACUCCAGUGACAGCGACGGCCUCGUCGACUACAACAGCUGCACGGUGGGCCUCAACAAGGACGAUUUUGGCGGGACAUCGAGUAAACACUACGUCGGUCCUUUGAACCAUGCCGACCUCACGUUCCGCACGGGCGAUGGGUGGUGGGGCGACAACCGCAAGCCCCUCAAAUGGUUUCAAUGUUUGUUGUAG